UCCGGCCUGGGAGCGGUGGCCCUCGGGGAGCGCCGGACUGGCUGCUCGGGCGCUCUUGGCCUCGGGUGGGCGGCAUCUCGGGGCCCCCAUGAGCCAUUGGCAUCCUUCCCGCGGCGGCUGGGGUCAGGGGCACGGCUUUGCGGGACGUUCCCGGGCUAAAAAGAAGGGCGGAAACCACGUCCCCGAGAGGUGGAAGGACUAUAUCCCAGUUGGACAGCGGAUGCCUGGAACUCGUUUCAUUGCUUUCAAAGUUCCUUUGAAAAAGAGCUUUCAAGAGAAACUUGCUCCAGAAGAACGUUUUUCUCCCUUGGAUCUUUUUAACAAAAUCCAAGAACAGAAUGAAGAACUUGGACUGAUUAUUGAUUUGACAUAUACUCAGCGCUAUUAUAAACCAGAGGAUUUGCCAGAAACUAUUCCUUACUUGAAGAUUUUUACAUUGGGGCAUCAUGUGCCUGAUGAUAAAACUAUUUCAAAAUUCAAACGUGCUGUUAGUGGGUUUUUAAAAGAAAAUAAAGACAAUGACAAACUUAUUGGUGUUCACUGUACCCAUGGUCUAAACAGAACUGGCUACCUCAUCUGCAGAUAUUUGAUUGAUGUAGAAGGCAUGAGGCCAGAUGAUGCAAUUGAAUUAUUCAAUAGGUGCCGGGGACAUUGCUUAGAAAGACAAAACUACAUUGAAGACCUUCAGAAUGGUCCUAUCAGAAAGAAUUGGGAUUCCAGUGUAUCCAGAUCAAGAGGUUAUGAAAACUCGGCACAUAUGGCAGAACCAGUUCAUACCACGUAUAAGUCUCCUAAACAGAGAUCCAUGUAUAACCCACAGCAGGCUUGUGGUUACACAGUACCUACUCCGUAUUUCCACAACCACACCCAAGAUUUACAGGAGUCAGCAAGAAAAUGUCCACAGAAUCAGAAUGUUUACCAAAGAAGCUAUCUUCCUCCUCCUGGAGCCCCCGGAGAAGACUAUUCACGAAGGAGAUACUCGUGGAAUAUAAAGUCUCAUGCCGGUCAAGCAAACCAGAAUACGAGGUGGCACCGUAAAGAUUACUAUGGACUGUCCUACCCAAACUAUUGUGAAUGGACGGAGUAACAGGACGGACACCGGAAACUCUCUGCCAACAGAAUAGGACUAAAGACAGCUGAUUUUUAUAAGAUCAGGUCAAAUGAUGUUUAUAAUUUAAUUGUUCCCUUAUGUGGUCAAACUGAGAAAGAAAAAUUAUAUAAUAGUGAUUUUUUUAUAAAAUUAUAUUGAUCUUUAUUGGUUACUUACAGUAUUGGCAGUCGUGAAGGAAAUUGUCAUUCCCGUUUAAAUUUUUUUGAGAGGAAAAUAUUUUAGAACUAACAUAAUAAAGAACAUCCCUUGUUAAUCAUUUUAUAAAAUUCUUCUUUUUCUGGAUAUUUUCUUCUGAUUAGAAUGGUGAUAAGAGUGUGUGUAUAGAAGUCUUCUGCUUUUUAAUUUUGUCCUGUUCCAUUAUUGAAUCAUUAAAGGUUUACCCCCC